AACACACGUCUUCAUUCGAAGUUUGGGGAGGACGAGGAGGAAGACGAGGGUUAGAGGUUGGCUGAUACGGCAAGGCAGGCAGCUCUAACUUUAGUGGAUGCGGAUCUCCGUUAUUUAUGUAUCAAAGCACUCUUGGUGAUGGGAAACCUGAGCCAAUUCUUAAUCUUUUGUUCAUGGGAAAAAGUUUUGUUGAGCAUUUAUGGGACAUAUGAACAGCUUUAGGUCAAUUACCAGCAGUUUUGAAGUUGGUGAGGUGGAUGGUAAGUGCAGAGUGGAUCUAAAUUUUCCCACACCACCAACAGCAGUGAUGGAUUCAAUUGUGGAGGACCCUCAUGAUGCCAUGGAGUUUGAAUCCCAUGAAGCUGCAUAUGAUUAUUACAAAGCAUAUGCCAAGUCUGUGGGUUUCGGCACUGCGAAAUUGAGCAGUCGUCGAUCUAGGGCCUCCAAAGAGUUCAUUGAUGCCAAAUUCUCAUGCAUAAGAUAUGGAAACAAGCAGCAGUCUGAUGAUGCCAUCAAUCCUCGGCCUUCCCCGAAAAUUGGUUGCAAGGCAAGUAUGCAUGUCAAGCGCAGGCCCAAUGGUAAUUGGUAUGUUUAUAGUUUUGUUAAGGAGCACAACCAUGAACUUUUACCGGCACAAGCACAUUUCUUUCGCAGCCAUAGAAAUGCAGACCCACUUAAGAAUAACGAUGUUAGAAUGCGAAGACGGAAGAAUGUUAAUUCAGUGUCCAGCUUAUUCAGUGCCUAUCACAAUGUUGAUUGUUUAGAGAGUUAUUUGAGAAAUCAGCAUGAUAAGGGACGUUUCUUGUCUUUAGAGUCGGGGGAUGCUCAAGUGCUGCUGGAAUGCUUAAUGCGCAUGCAAGAAGAGAAUCCGAAAUUCUACUAUGCAGUUGAUCUAAACGAAGAGCACCGGUUGAGAAAUGUGUUCUGGGUAGACUCCAAAGGGAUGGAAGACUACACCAACUUCGGUGAUGUUGUUUUCUUCGACACCGCAUACUUCACAAACAAGUAUAAAGUUCCUCUGGUUCUUUUUAUAGGAGCAAACCAUCAUAUUCAGCCCACAUUACUGGGCUGUGCAUUGAUUGCGGAUGAAACGGUUUAUACUUUUGUGUGGUUGAUGCAGACAUGGUUAAUAGCAAUGGGAGAUCAAGCUCCUCGAGUGAUGCUCUCCGACCAGAACGACGCCAUCAAAGCGGCUAUUGGAGCAGUAUUUCCAGGCACACGACAUUGCUUUUCUUUGUGGCAUAUAAUAGAGAAAAUACAUGGGCAGCUCGAGUUUUUGAGCAUGUGGAUUGAUACGUUUAUGGCUAAGUUUAACAAGUGUAUUUUUAAGUCCUGGUCAGAAGAACAAUUUGAGAAGAGAUGGUGGAAACUGCUUAAUAAGUAUAAUCUUAGAGACAUUGAAUGGAUUCGGUCCUUGUAUGAAGAUCGUACUCAUUGGGUGCCCACUUUCAUGAGAGAUGUAUCCUUUGCUGGAUUGUCUCCAACUUCGCGGUCCACAAGUUUGAAUUCAUCAUUUGACAAAUAUGUCCAAGUGGAAACUUCAGUACCAGAGUUUAUGGAAAGGUACAGGGUAAUUCUUGAAGAUAGGUACGAAGAGGAAGCAAAAGCAAAUUUUGAUGCCUGGCAUGAAACGCCCGAAUUGAAGUCUCCAUCACCUUUUGAGAAGCAACUAGCACUGGUGUACACACAGGAAGUUUUUAAAAACUUUCAAGUGGAGGUUUUGGGAGCAGCUGCCUGUCAUCUCAAGAAAGAAAGUGAAGACAUAACAACCACAACAUAUUGUGUAAAAGACAUUGAAGAUGAACAGAAUUAUACGGUAGAGUGGAACGAAUCGAAGUCAGAUAUAUGUUGUUUGUGCCAUUCAUUUGAAUAUAAAGGCUAUCUCUGCAGACAUGCUAUUGUUGUUCUCCAAAUGUCUGGUGUUUUCACCAUACCUGCCAAAUAUGUUUUGCAGCGGUGGACAAAUACUGCUAUGAGCAGGCAUGCCAUUGGCGAAAAAUUGGAUGAGGUUCAAUCUAAGGUCCGUCGUUAUAAUGAUUUAUGUCGACGAGCCAUUAUAUUGGGUGAAGAAGGAUCACUAUCUCAGGAGAGUUAUGAUGUAGCUUUAUGUGCCAUAAAAGAAGCUUUGAAGCAAAUCACAAGUUCGACGACCUCUGUUGAAAUCAAUGCGAAACCUAAUGACACAGUGAUAGAUAGUAUUUGUGGUGUUGAAGAGAGUCAGUGUGGUAUCACAUCUGAUAACAAGAAUUCUGGUUCUAAACUGAGCACUGCUAACAAAACUCCUAGAAGAGGUGGGACUGGGAAGGUGGUGUCGAGGCGUGGGAAAGGAAAGGUACCUCAGCUGGAAGGGUCGAGAGUUGGAGCGCAAGAGAACUUUCAUAACAUGCAUCAAGUUUCUGGAAACACUAGGCCGCCUAUGCUGAUGCAGCUACAUAACGGGGUUCCUCCACAGUUGCAUAAUAUGGUGCCAUCAAUGUUUCAAAAUGUUGCACCGGUACAGUUCCAUAACAUGGAAUCUUCAACUCCUGUGCAGGAAAACCGUCUCCCUCAGUAACUCAAACUAUUCCUUCUCUAUUUUCACAAUGAGUGAUGUUUACUUAUCCAUGUACUUUAAAAGGUGGAGGCAAAGUGAACAGAACUGAAGUGCUUAAGUUAAGGACUGUAGGUUUCAGCAGUCCACAAUUAACAGGCGGGUGCUAGUGGUGGUCGAAGAACUGUUUGAAUUAUCCAAGAUAAUGUAUAUGUUGUUGUUUGUUAUUAUUGUGGGUAGGAGGCUUUGUGUCAUUUCUGUGGGGAGUGAUUUUGUUGGAAUCAACUCAUGAACUGGAAAGAGCUAAAACUCAAAUGGCACUAGAUAGAACAAAGAAGUGCAUCAAAUCGUCAGAAAGGUUAGCAAAAGACACAUUGAUUUGAAUGCUAUAACUGAAGGACCAAGUCUUACACUACCUGACUAAGAGAGACAAGAAGAAAUCCUGUUGUCUUUAUUAGGUUAUCUCAACCGAUUGGGUGGUGAAAGGAAAAGAAGGGGAAUCAGAUUCCAGCCAUCCCCAUCUUUGCUACCAAUUUCGCAUCUCAGAAAGUGGAUUUGUUCUGCUUCUUUCAGAGUUAAAAUUUGGUAAUAUGUGCAAGGUGGGAUUCCAUGAGCCCGACGCGGUUGACCUUUUGGGUUUAAAAAACUCUGAUUCACCGAGGA